GUUUUACUACGAGUCCUGUGAGCACAGAAAGGAGAAAAGCGUAUCUCUGAAAGAAGAUUCCUCCGUGUCAUCCUAUCUCUGGGCAACAUGAAAAGGAGUAAACUGAGAACCAGGAGUGAAUUGAUGGAGGCGGCUCUGGGAUUUGGCCUGGGAGCCGUGGGAGGGGGCAUACUGGGCGCCACUGAGGACCCGGUGGAUCGGAUCGUGUCUGCGAUGACAGCAAGUGGUCCACUGCAACCAGUGGUGGAGGAAGUCCAGGUGAUGGGGCCCCUGGGACUGGGAAGUCUUAUGGGAGCAACGGCCCUGACAACAGCGAUGACAUCAGUAAUAGCUGGAGUUAUUUUAGCAGCGGUUGUCGCUUCGGUGUUUGUAGCGAUGAGGAGCUGCAGCACCUCCUACACGAACUCUGCUGGCUUGUGGGUAUCGGCAGGAUUUGCCGGUAUCCUUGGGACCACGCUCAGCGGAGCUACAUUUGGAAAAGCAAUCGAAUGGAUAGUAAACACCUAUGGCAUGGUGGGACUUCUGUGGGCUUUAGGCCUUUUCACUGUGCUCAAACCACCCCUGAAUGUUUUAUUUAAUUUGCUCUGGAGCCAGGGAGAAGUCUGUUGCACUAUAGGAUCAGAAGUCAUGUCCAGGGAGAGGGAAGACAUUGCGAUCACUGAGUGGCAGCAGAGAGAAAGGGUGGCUCUACAGAUAGAGGAGAGGAUCUUGUCAGUAGAAAAAGGAGGCGACACGAUGGACGACAAGACAAGAUGGAUCUCCGAGAAGAGAGAGAGGGAGAAGAUAGAGAGGAGGAAAAUGGAGACUGAAGAUGCAGAAAUGGAACAAAGAACCAUCCAUGACUGGAUCAACACUGUGCUGGUCAAGCAUGUCGACUUCUUGGCUUUUUCAGGAAUACCAAUGGCAAUCGUCUCAAUAGUUACAUCAGUGUUGGGGCUGUUUGGUUACGGGAGCCAUCAAGUGGUGUUCAUAGUGCUCGUGGCUUUAGUUGGCCUCAUUGCCUUUUUGCUCCUGCAGUCCUCCGACUUCAAGUUCUGGAUGUUGUUGGGGUGCAUAGGAAUGUUUGCAACCUUCAUCAUUGCCAUGCUCACACUGCAUGCCGAGCAGAUGGUCGUUAUUAGCGCUAAUAAGAUGAGAACAGUGGGGCAUAAUCAGUCCAAAGAACUCAUCGCCGCUCAAAUGAACUUCCAGUCUUCGUUGGAGGCUGUAAGCACGGCCUUUUUUGGGGCAAAACUCUGUCAGCUGGGCCUGGGGGCCACUGUGGGUGGGGCAUUGGUUCGCCGAGCAGCAGGGGAGGUAAAAGUUAUUGUGGGGGCAGCUUUAGUGGCAGGAAUCUUACUCGCUGGGACGGAGGUUUUAGCUGCAGUUCUGGGUGAUGGAGGAAUGGCCGGUGCCCUGCUAGGAGUGGUUGGAGCAGCGGGGGUGUCAGUCGGUGCAACAGCAGCGACAGCCACGAGAUGGUCUUCAUGGUCGGGAACUGUGGGAACCGUUGGAGGGUUGAUCUUAGGAGCAUUAGUGAUGGGAAAGUGGCAUACUGUGAAUAUUGGACUUCAGGUUCCCGUGGCCUUUGUAUUUGCAAUGUCUAAUCCUUUUUAA